AAAACCCUCCUUCCUCGCGCCGGUCAGAUUCCGCAAAACAGUCAGCGCGGUGCGGUGUACUUUCUGUGUUGACAUAUUAAUAACAACAACAACAACGACAAACAACAGCCACAAGAUGGCCCAGUGGCAGGAACUGCUGCAGCUGGACUCAGCACUCCAGGGCCGCGUGAGCCAGCUGUAUGAGAGGAAAUUCCCCAGAGAGAUCCGCCACUGUCUUUGUGUCCUGAUCGAGGGCCAGGACUGGGAUUUGGCAGCUGUGGAUGAAAAUAUGGCAAGCACUUGUUUCCAUGCACUCCUGGUUUAUUUGGAAGAACAGAGGAAACGGUCGGUCCAGGACAACACUAUUUUGCAGGGACCGGAUUUUCCAGGGAUGAAAGACUACUUGCUGAAAAACUUUCAAGAUCAGCCACUGAACUUGGCCGUAAUCCUCUCUGAAUGCCUAAAGGAGGAAAAGAACAUCCUUGCUUCAGCCUAUGAAACACAGGGUUGUGGCAGUCCAGCCAUUGAACACAAAUGGAGAGAGUUGGACAACAAAGUCAAGGAGCUAAAAAGGCAGACUUUGGAGGUAAAGAAAGAAAUUAAGUCGCUGGAGGUCCUAAAUGAAAAGCUUGACUACAUAAUGAAGACCUGGCAGAGCAGAGUGGAGCAGCAUAUUGGAUUGGCAGAUUCCCAUGCUGUUGUGGAAGAGGAAUGUCUUAAGCGGGCCAACUUUAUCAGUCAAACAAAGCAGAUGGUGCUGCAGCAGAUAAUGAACAUUUUGGUACUGGCAGUGCAGGCCGUUGAAAGUCUCACAGAUGUGGAGCUGCCUGAGUGGAAGCGCAGGCAGCAGAUGGCCUGCAUUGGAAGUCCAGUUGACACCUGUCUGGACCGUCUGCAGGAGUGGUUCACGGCUGUGGCAGAAGUGCUACUACGAGUAGGGGAAGAGCUGCAGAAACUGCAAGACCAGAACAAGAAAUACAACAGCACAGACGCCUCCAACCUCCCUAAUCCCAUGGAAGAAAUUGAGCAAUUCGCUCGGCGCUUGCUCACAAAACUUCUUGCAAAUGCCCUAGUGGUUGAGAUACAACCUUUCAUGUCAAGUUUACCACAACGACCGCUAAUUCUUAAGACCGGGGUGCGGUUCACAGUGACAUUGAGGUUCUUAGCAAACCUCCCAGAAUUCAAGUGCCUGCUCAAAGUCAAACCUGUAUUUGACAAGGAUGUUGAAGAACCCAUGACCGUUAACGGGUUCCGUCACUUUGACUUCAACAGGGAUGACUGUAAGGUGUUGGACGUGGACACACCAGGUGGAGGCUUGGUGGCAGAAUUUGGUAACCUGUCACUUAAGGAAAGAAAAGCCAGAGGAAAAGGAACGAAUGAGAGUCGUCUGGCAGUCACUGAAGAACUCCACAUCAUUAAGUUUGUGACAGGGCUUCAGCAUGCUGGACUCAAGUGUAACAUCGAGGCCAGCUCCCUACCUGUGGUUGUCAUCUCCAGUACCAAUCAGAUCUCCAGUGCCUGGGCCUCUGUCAUGUGGUGCAACAUGCUGUCCACCAGUGAACCGAGGAACCUGUUGUUGUUUGUCGACCCGCCUCCGCUCAUGUGGCAGCAGCUGGGACAGGCUCUGAGCUGGCAAUUUUUGUCCGUUGGGCAACGGGAGCUUGACGAAAACCAGCUCUCCAUGCUGAGAGACAAAAUUGCGGAUAAUCCUGAUGGUGUGGUUCACUGGAGCAAUUUCUCCAAGAACGAAAGUGCCUGGAUUUGGAUUGAUGGAAUCCUUAAUUUGAUCAAAAGACACUUGGUGGAUCUUUGGCGGGACGGUUUCAUCAUGGGGUUCGUGAGCAGGAAGAGAACACGCGUCCUGUUGCAGGAAAAACAGCCCGGGACUUUUCUGCUCCGCUUUAGCGAGAGCAACAAAGACGGAGCCAUCACCUUCAGCUGGGUUGAGCACUCCAACGGUGAGACCCAUGUGCAUGCAGUAGAGCCAUACACCAAGCAGGAGCUGUCGGCCGUUUCUCUGCCAGACAUCAUUUCCCGCUACAGUCUGAGAGCCCAGUGGAACGUGACCAGGAAUCCUCUGCUCUAUCUUUACCCAGACAUCCCCAAAGACACUGCCUUUGGACGCUACUACAACAACUCUGAAAUGUCGGCACCUAAAAAGGUCGUAGAUGGCUACCUCGACAGAAGAUUAGCUUCUUUUUCAGACAGUCCCACACCACCUGGAUCUCCACCGAGGGAGAUGAGCAUGGACAUGGAGACAAAUAUGGAGAUUCAUCAUAUGUUAAUGGAACUCUCAUCCGAUUUAUUCGAGUUACCUGAACUCCCUGACAUCUACACAUCUCAUCUAGAGUGUCAGUGAAGAUUCUCAGUCAUCCAGGUUCUAGUUAUCCAGGUUAAGUUGAUUUUAAUCUUGGAUUCUACCGAGAGAAGCCAUCAACUCAGACUCAGACUUCAUUGAUCUUCGUAGCUCCUUCUGAAAACGUGCCGGGUCAGUGUGUCAGAAUCACCAAGUUGUCAAAAUGGGAAAUUUGAUUCAUCAAAUACAAGCAAGCAAUUUUUUGGUGCAGGUGCCAAUAAUACAAAUUAAAAAAAACAGAAAAUGGUCAUUUACUAUAAAAAUGGAAAAACGUCAUAAAAACAGCCAGUCUUGGAUCCUGGACUUCCUAAUUAACAACAGUGCGACUGACUAAAGCGUAGCCUAGAAAUUUGAAUGUAAUAAAAAUAAUUCUGUAUGUUUUUAAUUGUGUGCUGGGUUAUAUGUGUUGUAUUUUCUGUACUUUGGGAGAAGCUAAAAUCUAAUGUCCCCUGACAAACUGUUUAGUGGUUUCCUAUUGUACUGUUUAAAAGUGACUUUAGGUCCUUUAUCACUUUUUAAAUUGUAAUUUUUUUUAAUAUAUUCAGUUCCAUAUUGAACAUUGAGCCUUGGAACAUAAAAAAGCAAUGCUGUACUGUCUGUUCUUAUUGGUUUUGUUUAUUUAAAUAAACAUAUCUGAUUGCCAAUGCCAAA